UGUGCAUUUAUGUUAUUGAAUCUGAGUUACGUCUUUCCAUGCCGGAAGCGAAGUACGACGCGGAUGUUGGGCGGCGUUGGAGGCCGACACCUCUCUACGCGCCGACGGGGCAGCAGCCCCAUGGUGCGCGGGGGCGUGGGCCCGAUGCCCUAUGGAGCCCAUUUGCUCCCGGGGGACGCCGCCGCGGUCCCUCCGGACGGACCCAGAUACACUCGCCGACGCCGGGCUGUCACAACCAGCGACCACAAGAGCUGCGCACUCAUCCAGACCAGACUCAAGCUGGGGGACAUCAUGUUGGCAGCAGCACAAGAGGCGGCUCAAAGGGAUCCUGGAUAUACGAGUCAGUACCGCCGAAGGCAGAGGUUGGCCGGACUGAGUGGUAUCGGUGACUGGACUAGCUUUGGAGGCGAGGUACCUGGUCUGGUCGUCAUGGCGCCAGGCCGUGAUCAGGGGGGCGGGGGUGGGGGCAACAAAAUCCCAUCGUCGUUGUUCAUAUUGAGCGAAGACAACUGUAUCCGGAAGCAUAUACGGUUUAUAAUCGAAUGGCCACCGUUCGAGUACACUGUCCUGCUUACCAUCAUUGCCAACUGCGUGGUGCUUGCUCUCGAGGAGCACCUGCCCUGCGACGACAAAACCGUCCUUGCUGUAAGCCUCGAAGACACCGAGAACUAUUUUCUGGCUAUUUUCUGCGUAGAGGCGAGCCUCAAAAUCCUGGCACUUGGCUUUGUUCUUCACCGUGGUUCCUAUCUCCGAAACGUCUGGAACAUCAUGGACUUUUUUGUUGUUAUUACCGGGUCGAUGACGGUGUUCGCCGAAACGAACGUGGAUGUGGACCUCCGUAUGCUGCGUUCGUUCAGAGUCCUCAGACCACUAAAGCUGGUUUCAAAAAUUCCAAGCCUGCAAGUGGUGCUCAAAUCUAUCAUCAAGGCGAUGGCACCAUUGUUGCAGAUAGGCAUGCUGGUCUUGUUCGCCAUUAUUAUAUUUGCCAUCAUUGGUCUGGAAUUUUAUUCAGGCGCUUUGCACAAAACAUGCUACAGCAUAGAUGAUUUGACUGUAGUAAUGAAAGAGGGCGAUACAGCUGUGCCGUGUUAUUCCGACAACCAGACAGAUCAUCCUGAAGGUGCUUACGUGUGCAACGCCAGUGUUUCCACAUGCCUCGAGCGUUGGGAUGGGCCAAACGAAGGAAUUACCAGCUUCGACAACAUCGGCUUCGCGAUGCUCACCGUUUUCCAGUGCAUCACUAUGGAGGGCUGGACUGCCAUAUUGUACUGGACAAACGACGCCCUAGGGAACAUGUUCAACUGGAUUUACUUUAUUCCCUUGAUAGUUCUUGGCUCUUUCUUCAUGCUCAACUUAGUUCUUGGUGUUCUCAGUGGUGAGUUUGCAAAAGAGAGAGAAAAAGUGGAAAACCGUCAAACAUUCUUGAAACUACGAAGGCAGCAGCAACUCGAAAGAGAACUCAAUGGCUACGUUGAGUGGAUCUGCAAAGCAGAGGAGGUAAUACUCGCCGAAGAAAGAACCACAGAGGAAGAGAAAAUGCACAUUAUAGAAGCGAGAAGAAGAGCAGCUGCGAAGAGAAAAAAAUUAAAAAACCUCGGAAAAAGCAAAAGUACCGAUACUGAAGAGGAGGAGGGUGAAGAUGACCCGGAUGAUGGGUUUUCGAGAGCUUCCUACCUCAAGUCUAAGGUGAAAAACAAAGGUGCUUGUCUACAAUUCUGGCGAGUGGAAAAAAGAUUUCGCUUCUGGAUUCGUCACACUGUUAAAACACAGUGGUUUUACUGGUUUGUGAUCGUUCUUGUGUUCUUCAAUACUGCAUGCGUGGCAGUGGAGCAUUAUGACCAGCCACUAUGGCUCGAACAGUUUCUAUAUUACGCGGAGUACGCGUUCCUCGCUCUAUUCAUGAUGGAGAUGUUCAUAAAAAUGUAUGCACUUGGUCCACGUAUCUACUUUGAGUCGAGCUUCAAUCGAUUUGAUUGCGUCGUCAUAUCCGGGUCAAUAUUUGAGGUGAUCUGGUCGGCAGUUAAGGAAGGCUCUUUUGGCCUGUCCGUCCUGCGAGCUCUUAGACUCCUCCGAAUUUUCAAAGUCACCAAGUACUGGGCCAGUCUAAGGAACCUCGUAAUAUCACUGCUCAAUUCUAUGCGCAGCAUCAUUUCUCUCCUCUUCCUGCUCUUCCUCUUCAUACUGAUCUUUGCGCUGCUCGGUAUGCAGCUCUUCGGUGGUCAGUUCAAUUUUGAAGAAUCGGAGACACCUCCUACAAAUUUCAACACAUUUCCUAUUGCGCUGCUUACUGUCUUCCAAAUAUUGACUGGUGAAGACUGGAACGAAGUGAUGUAUCAGGGCAUCAAUUCUCAAGGUGGCUACAAAAAGGGAAUGGUAUAUUCCCUGUAUUUUAUAAUAUUAGUCUUGUUCGGCAACUACACACUGCUGAAUGUAUUCUUGGCUAUCGCCGUCGACAAUCUUGCCAACGCUCAGGAAUUAACCGCGGCGGAAGAGGAACAAGAAGAGGAAGAUAAAGAGAAACAGAUGCAAGAAUUGGAAAAAGAAAUGGAGGCAUUACAAAUGGGAGCUGAUGGGACAGCGCCAAAUGUGGAAAUAUGUCCACCAAGUCCGACACAAGAUUUUAAAAGUGGGAAAGGUAAAAAGCAAGCCUCCGAGGAGAAGAAACAAGAUGCUGAAGAGGACCCGGGACCAAAACCAAUGCUGCCAUACUCCUCCAUGUUUAUAUUAUCCCCAACAAAUCCCAUAAGGAGAGGUGCCCAUUGGGUGGUGAAUCUACGUUACUUUGACUUUUUCAUAAUGAUCGUGAUAAUCCUGUCCAGCGUGGCGUUGGCCGCAGAAGAUCCAGUGAUCGAUAAAUCGGUGCGAAACUAUGUGUUGAAUUGUUUUGAUCAUGCAUUCACAGGAGUGUUUGCCGUAGAAAUGAUACUGAAAAUUAUUGAUUUGGGCGUAAUAUUGCACCCUGGAUCCUAUUUGCGAGAAUUUUGGAACGUUAUGGAUGCGGUUGUGGUGAUAUGUGCGGGAGUUUCGAUCGUCUUUUCUAAACUGAGCGAUCCCACGUCGACGGGGACGAUGGGUCAAAAUUUGUCGACUAUAAAAUCUCUCCGCGUCCUCAGGGUGUUGAGGCCACUUAAAACUAUUAAAAGAGUGCCGAAAUUGAAAGCAGUGUUUGACUGUGUUGUGAACAGUUUAAAGAAUGUUAUAAAUAUUCUCAUAGUGUAUAUAUUGUUCCAAUUUAUUUUCGCUGUUAUUGCUGUACAGCUGUUUAACGGAAAGUUUUUUUAUUGCAACGACGAAAGCAAGUACACUAAGAGCGACUGCCAGGGUCAGUAUUUCAAAUUUGAACCUGACACGUUGUUACCUACUCCAAAAAAUCGGACCUGGGAUACCCAACACUUUUAUUAUGACAAUGUGAUGGUUGCAAUGCUUACCUUAUUUGCGGUACAGACGGGGGAAGGCUGGCCUCAAGUUUUACAAAAUUCUAUGGCUGCCACGCACGAGAACAAGGGUCCUAUUCAAAAUUUUAGGAUUGAAAUGUCGAUUUUCUACAUAGUUUAUUUUAUAGUAUUUCCAUUCUUCUUUGUCAACAUCUUCGUGGCCUUAAUCAUCAUCACAUUCCAAGAGCAGGGUGAAGCUGAAUUGCAGGAUGGUGAAAUAGACAAAAAUCAGAAAUCUUGUAUUGAUUUUACGAUACAAGCAAGACCACUGGAAAGGUAUAUGCCAAACAAACGGAACAGUGUAAAGUACAAAAUUUGGCGGGUCGUAGUUUCAACGCCGUUCGAGUAUUUCAUUAUGAUUCUCAUCGUUCUCAACACCCUGCUACUUAUGAUGAAGUACCACGCUCAGCCCGAGCCGCAAAAGUUAGUACUGAAGUACAUGAACUGGGGUUUCACCGGGAUGUUCACCAUCGAGUGCACUAUGAAGAUUGCCGCAUAUGGUUUUAGGUAUCACGAGGCGCCGCCUAUUCUAGUGGACAGCCUGGCCAUCAUGAACCUGGUCUUCACCCUCCUUUUCUUCAUUGAGUGCAUCCUUAAACUCAUCGCCUUUGGAUGCAAGAACUUCUUCAAAGAUCCAUGGAAUACGUUCGACUUCAUUACAGUGAUUGGAAGUAUCGUCGAUGCUCUCGUAAUUGAGUUCGGGAAUCCGGUUAUCUUCAUCAUUAAGUACUUCUUUCCGAAGUCAACCUUGGAAAAUUUCAUCAACGUCGGCUUUCUGAGAUUGUUUCGAGCUGCAAGGCUGAUCAAACUUCUACGGCAAGGAUAUACUAUACGAAUUCUUUUAUGGACUUUCGUACAAUCAUUCAAGGCCUUGCCAUACGUUUGUCUUUUGAUUGCCAUGCUGUUUUUCAUCUACGCGAUCAUCGGAAUGCAGGUAUUUGGAAAUAUAGCCAACGAUCCGGGAUCUGAGAUUGAUCGGCAAAACAACUUCCAAACAUUCUUCGGCUCUCUAUUAUUGCUGUUUCGAUGUGCUACUGGCGAGGCAUGGCCGAACAUUAUGCUGGCAUGUAAGAAAGGUCGUCCAUGUGCCCAGCCAAAAGAAGAUAAUUCUGCAGAAGGUUGCGGCUCAAACCUCACGUAUGGUUACUUCGUCUCGUUCAUCUUCUUUUGCUCAUUUCUCAUGCUGAAUUUGUUCGUUGCCGUCAUCAUGGACAACUUCGACUACUUAACAAGAGACUCAUCCAUAUUGGGCGCCCAUCAUUUGGAUGAGUUCGUAAGAAUAUGGGCUGAAUAUGACCCGAAUGCAACGGGGAAAAUACAUUACACCGAAAUGUAUGACAUGUUGAAAAACAUGGAUCCGCCUUUGGGGUUUGGCAACAAAUGUCCAAACCGACUGGCGUAUAAGAAAUUGAUCAGAAUGAACAUGCCGGUUGAUGUAGAUGGAAAAGUUAACUUUACUACAACCCUGUUUGCGCUCAUUCGUGAAAAUUUAAGCAUCAAAAUGAGAACAGCGGAAGAAAUGGAUCAAGCUGACGACGAGCUCAGAGUUACUAUUCAAAACAUCUGGCCAUUGCAAGCACGGAAAAUGCUGGAUCUUUUAAUACCGAAGAAAGAAGAACUAAACAAGGAUAAAUUAACAGUGGGUAAGAUAUAUGCAGCUCUCCUGAUCCUUGAAAGCUGGAGGACAACAAGGUUUGGUCAAAUAGAAGCAACCGGACCACAGAAUGAUAACGAUCAUAUCGAUAACGAUAAUGCCGGGCAAAGUCCUGCAGCCCAGGCGGUACGUUCAACCUUCUUCAACUGUCUCCUGGAUAUGGCCGGAGUCAACCAUACUGGGGGAAAUAAUCACGGUACACAACCCAGUGAUAGCCGAGCUAAUAGCUUAGAGCCCCCGCCAGGACCAAGUGGGGACUUGAGAGGGGAGCGCAGAGAACUAAGGGAUGAAGACGAAGGGGCCCUAGGGGCUCUUGCUGCCGCCGAGCAAAGACGACAGCGUAGCAUCAGGAACAAAAAGGUGAACUGGAUUGUGUCCCAUCCGUACGAUAAACUAGGCAGCAGCGGAGAGAGUAGCCAGGGAGGGGGUGGGAGUGGGGGUGUAGUUAACAACCUCGAUCGAGCUCCCGAGCUAGAACCGUUGUUAGCCGAGCCCUCUCAGGAGUACCUACGCUACGAUAACAGCUACCACCGACCCUCGUACUACCAACACCACCAGAACACCACUUUCGUACCUCGCUCCUCAAUCCGUUACCUCAAGAUGGAGCUACAGGACGUGGUAGUUAGCGAAUCUCGAGCUGGAAGCCUUGAAAGCUUAACGCAUCCUGGCGAAAGGCUGCACCCUCAUCAUCCAAUAUCUCAACAGAGACAUCAUUCUAGGUCACCCAGCUUAAGAAAACACUCUCCGAUCUUGCAUAGAUCGCCAUCGCCCAGACGGCACAGAUACGAUCACCGUGUUCAUCAUUAUCACGAGGGUCCUGGGUUUAGCGAUACAGUUAGUAAUGUCGUUGACAUUCAAAGGCACUCACAGCAUCCACAUGGCUCCCAGUAUAAUCAUCGGCAUAGAAUACGAGACUAUUACGACUUCUGCAACUAUUACGACGAUGGUUCCUGGAGCGCCUCGACAAGUCCAGCUAGAUCACCCAGCCCGGUUCACAGGAUGGGUCAUAGUCAACAUUAUGGAACUACGAGCCUCGAGCAGCGAUCCCGGUCACCGAGUCCCGUCGGUGGGCGACAACCGGCGCAUACGCACCACCCUCACCAGCACAGCUAUCCGGUCCUCGUGACUAGAAGAGGUCAGGGCAGAAGGUUGCCACCAACCCCCAACAAGCCGUCGACCCUCCAGUUGCAGCCUGCGAACAUCAACUUUCCAAAGUUGAACGCUUCGCCUACUCACGGACCACACGUGACGCAUGCCCCGCAAAAUUCUCACGCACCUCCUCCCACGAUACCCUUGAGCCACUGCCCUUUGAGCUUCGAACAAGCUGUGGCAAUGGGCAGGGGUGGAAGGCUGCUACCGAGUCCAGUACCGAACGGUUACAAGCCGCCACCGUCACAGCCAAAGCAGAGAGCACCGAGAUCGAGGCACUCGGAUAGUGACGAAGACGAUUGGUGCUAGCCAAUAUGGGACCCUGGAUUGUCGAGUGAAGAACUGGACUUACCUAGGGAUUUGUCGGUAUGCGCAUAGUGAGAGCAAGAAUUUUCGUGUCUCGGUAUUAAAUGCAGUUGCUCCUGACGCAGAAGACACUGAAUAACAACAACAACAACAACAACAACAACAACAACAA